AUGCCCGAGGCCCCAGACGCCGCCGCCGAGCCAUCCGCAGCGGAGCCCCUGGCGCGAGCGUCUCUGGCCGUGGACGCGCAGCCCGUCGGCGAGACCUCGGCGGAGGAGCCGCCGCUGCGCGUGGGCCUGAUCGCAGACGUGCAGCACGCCGACCUGCCCGACUCCCGCAGCGGGUACGGCAGGGCCCGCCGGUACCGCGACGCACUGGGCAAGGCGCGGUUGGCGGCCGCGGACUGGGCCGACAGCGGCUGCACGCUUGCAGUGAACCUGGGCGACACUGUCGACCGGCGCGCGGGCGCCGACGCCCCCGCGGCGCUGCGACGCGUCCUGGACGCCUUCGGCGCCUUCGGCCCGCUGCUCCACGUCCUGGGCAACCACGACCUCAGCGCGCUGCCCGGCGAGGACCUCGAGAAGCUCGCCCUGGUGCCAGCCGGGGCGCCGGAGAGCGUUGUCGGCCCCGGGGGGCGCUGCUGCGACGUCGCCGCCGGCCCGGGCUGGCGACUCCUCCUCCUGGACACCUACGACGUCUCGGUGCGGCGGUGCCCCGACGCGGCCCGCGCCCUCCGGAGGCGGCUGCUGUGCGAGGCGCGGGAGCGGGGGCUUCCGUGCGCCCACCUGGCCGAGCACGAGGAGCUGAACGGCGCGGUGGGCGCCGCGCAGCUGGGCUGGCUGCAGGGGCGGCUCGAGGCCGCACGGGCGCGCGGGGAGCGCGCCGUGGUGCUGGCCCACGCGGCGCUGAGGCCGGAGCCCACCUACUACGGGGACGCCGUGUGCUGGAACUGGCAGGAGGUGAGCGGGCUGCUGGACGGCUUCUCGGGCGUCGUGGCCGCGGCCAUCACGGGGCACGACCACCACGGCGGGCUGGUGGACACCGAGGCCGGGGUCCGCCACUGCGUCCUCGAGGCGGCCCUGGAGGGCCCUGCGGGGGGGCCCGCGCACGCCGUGCUGGAGCUGCACAGCGGCAGCGUGCGCCUGGUCGGCAGCGGCAGCGUGCGCUCAUGGAAGUGGCCAUCGUAG